AUGGCUUUUGGAAAAGGAUCCCUCAUUUUGUCCUUAAAAUUGCGCGUUGACUGCGGACAUGUUUUGGAGCUCCUGUUUUUCCUUUUUUGUGUCAGUCACUCGGUGAAUGGACAUAUCCGAUAUUCAAUCCCGGAGGAGAUGAAAAAAGGCUCUGUCAUCGGAAACAUGGCGCAGGACCUUGGUUUGGAUCUGACGAGGCUCCGGUCAGGUCGGGCCCGCAUCGUGACCGGAGAGAGCAUCCAGUACACCGAGCUGAAGGCAGACAAAGGGAUUUUAGUGGUGAACGAGAGAAUCGACAGAGAGCAGCUUUGUGGAGACACGACGCCUUGCAGCUUCAGCUUUGAGGUCAUUUUAGAAAAUCCUAUGGAACUCCAUCAAAUCACAGUUGAAGUAACGGAUAUAAACGACCAUUCGCCAACAUUUAAAAAGAGCAAUCUCAAGUUUGAAAUCAGUGAAUCUGCUCUCACUGGAGCUCGUUUUCCACUGACAACAGCUGACGAUCCGGAUGUUGGCGUUAAUGGAUUGAGAGAAUAUUUCUUAACCGAGAAUGAUCAUUUUCUUAUCAAGCAAAACUCAAAUGCCGACAGAAAGAAAUAUGCAGAGAUGGUGCUGCAGAAGCCAUUAGACAGGGAGACAAAUUCAUAUAUGUCUCUCAAACUAGUCGCGGUGGACGGUGGAACUCCGCAGCGAUCUGGUACAGUAAAUAUAGACAUCACUGUUCUCGAUGCUAAUGAUAAUGCACCUGUAUUUAAUCAAUCGGUGUACAAAGCCACAGUGAUGGAAAAUGCCCCGAGAGAUACUUAUAUCACCACGGUAAAUGCAAGUGACGCGGAUUUCGGAUCAAAUAGUAUUGUGACAUAUUCUUUUUCAGAUCUAAACAGUGGUAUCGGGGAUUUUUUCACAAUUGAUGAAAAAUAUGGGACUAUUUUAACUAAAGGUUCAAUUGAUUUUGAACGAGAUAAAACAUACGAAUUGAUAAUCGAAGGAAAAGAUCAAGGAGGAUUGACAGAUUCAAGCAAAGUGAUAAUUGAAGUGACUGAUGUGAAUGACAACGCCCCGAGUAUCAGCGUCAUGUCGUUCACUAGUCCUGUGUCCGAGGACUCUCCCUCUGGGACAACGAUUGGCAUUAUCAAUGUAAAAGACAUCGAUUCAAGUGAAAAUGGACAAGUGAAUUGUAGAAUUGAAGGAAAUGCUCCUUUUAAGAUCAAGUCCAAUUUGAGAAAUUAUUACACUUUAAUAACUGAUACUGUACUCGAUCGUGAACAUGUUUCAGAGUAUAAUAUCAGUGUUGUAGCCACAGAUACAGGGAUGCCACCACUUUCUGCCAAAAAAAUAUUUAAUCUCAAGAUCACUGAUGUGAAUGACAAUGCUCCUGUGUUUUUACAGAGCAUGUACAAUGCAUUUGUCACUGAAAAUAAUUCUCCAGGUGUUUCUAUUCUCACACUCAGGGCUAAAGAUCACGAUGAGAACCAAAACGCUCAUAUAUCCUACAUUUUAGAAGAAACUACUGUUGCUGGAUCUCCUAUUUCUUCACAUAUUUCAGUAAAUGCCGAAAGUGGAGUUGUUCAUGCAGUGCGCUCAUUUGAUUAUGAACAAAUUAAACAGCUUGUGUUUGUUGUCAGAGCUCAGGAUGGAGGCUCUCCUCCACUCAGCAGCAACGUGACAGUGAAAAUCCUGAUCCAGGACCAGAACGACAACCCCCCUCAGGUCCUGUACCCAGUGCAGACUGGUGGCUCUGUGGUGGCUGAGAUGGUGCCUCGUUCAGCAGAUGUGGGAUAUCUGGUGACCAAAGUGGUGGCUGUUGAUGUGGACUCUGGACAGAAUGCCUGGCUCUCAUAUAAACUCCAGAAAGCCACAGACAGAGCGCUGUUUGAAGUGGGAUUACAGAAUGGAGAAAUCAGAACUAUCCGUCAAGUCAAUGAUAAAGAUGCAGUCAAACAAAGACUGACUGUCAUAGUGGAGGACAACGGACAGCCCUCUCGUUCAGCCACUGUCAUUGUGAACGUGGCGGUGGCGGACAGCUUCCCUGAAGUGCUGUCAGAGUUCACUGACCUGAUCCACGACAAGGAGUACAAUGACAACCUGACGUUUUACUUGGUGUUGGCUCUGGCUGUCGUUUCCUUCCUGUUCAUCACCUGUGUGGUGGUGAUUAUCUCAGUGAAAAUCUACAGAUGGAGACAGUCCCGCAUCCUGUAUCAGUCCAACCUGCCUGUGAUUCCAUAUUAUCCUCCACGUUACUCAGACACUUUGGGGACAGGGACUCUCCAACAUGUGUACAACUACGAGGUGUGCAGGACGACAGACUCCAGAAAGAGUGACUGUAAGUUCGGCAGGGCUGGUAGUCAGAACGUGCUGAUCAUGGACCCCAGUUUAACAGGGACGAUGCAGCGGAUACAGAGUGAGAAGAGCAUCCUGGAUGAACCUGACUCUCCUGUCGAGGUUAGUUCAACAACGUUUCUCCCCUUGAGACAUCGUAGUGGUUCAAUUUGUGUUUAG